AUGAAUGAGGUAAAAUCUACUCACUAUGAUUCUAGAGUUUAGUUUUAACCAAAUUGUUAAAUACCAAUCCAAAAUAAGAGAACAAUCUCCAAGCCAUCCUUAUGAAACUAUAAGAACUUAAAUUCUUUAACUAUUUUAUAGAAAGAUUUCUAAAAGGCACUUAAAAAGAGAGUCUACUCAAUGUAUCACUUUAUUAUUAAUAAUACUAAGUUAUGUGGUAGAUUCAAAAUGGAGCAUCAUAAAGGACCAUCUUUGUUAUUUUAAGAAGGGGAUAAAUCAAAUGAUAAACUUUAUAUUAUAUUCAGAGGUUCUGUUGGUCUAUUUAGAGCAAAGAAAUUUGAUACUUUUCAAUAACAGACACCACAACAAACUUAACCAAUUUAACCAAUAUAACAACUUCUAGAGAAAGUUUCCAGCAAUCUCAAAGAACUUAAUAAACAGACAAUUUCAAAACCUAACUUUAUGAAGAGUUUAGCAAAUUCAAAAAGAUUCGCUAAUAAAUUAAUGAGCACUUUGACAUAAUAUACAACCAAAGAAGAUUUAUUAAUAUCUUAAUAGGAAAUGUCAAUUCUAAAUGAAAAAUAUGGAGAUACUGUACGAAUUUUAGGUUAAGGAGACGGUUUUGGAGAAGUAGCAAUAAUAGAAGGUACUCCAAGAGGACUCACUGCUUGUGCAGUUUCUUAAGAUUGUUUUUUAUUAAUCUUAAAAAAAGAAGAUUUUGAUAUUGUAAAACAAUAAUUUGUUUAAUCUAUCAAAGAGAAAAAGAAUUUAAUCUACACUAAAUUUGAAGUUAAAGAUGCAUAUUCUACUGCAUUAUCUAAUUCAUUAGCUUAUAGUUUUGAUGUAUUAUAAUUUAUAUAAGUAGGUUGAAUCAUUUUAACACAAUGCUAUUCUGGCAGUUGAAGGUAUGUAAUAAAAAGUAUUUUAUUUGAUUGCAUCAGGUGAUAUUUUAUUAGAGAAAUAUAUUGGGAAUAAAAAUAUUAAGAUUUGUAUUUUAACUAAAGGAUAAUUUGUUGCUGAAGAGAUUGUUGUUAAUCAAGAUAGUGUUUGUGAAUAUAGUGCUAGAGUAAUAUCUAAUUAAGCUACUCUUAUGAUUAUGAAUAAAAAUGAAUUCUUUCAAAAAUUCCCAGAAGAAUGCAAAUAAUAAAUAAAAAAAGAAUAUUAAAGAAAAAAACUAUUUAGAAUUUCCUUUCCUGAACAAACACUUGACAAAAUUGCUGAUAUUUAAAGUCCUAAGACAUCACCAAAAUAGACUAUUAAAAUAAAAGUCAAUCCUUUAUCUGUCAGAAGUCAUUAAUCUUAUAGAAAUGCAUCUUGUUAAUUAGAUAUCAAAGAUAUAUUAGAAAAAAAGAAAUCAAUAUAUUGUUAGAAAUAUUAAGACAACUAAAAAAAAUGUGAAGACAUUAUUUUAUUUACUGAAAUGUGUUAUUCACCAAAAAUUUGUCAUACUCCAAGCUACAAAAAAUUAAAUAAUGUAUUAUAGAAAUCAUUUCAUUAACAUUAAUUAAAAAAAAUAAUGAGAAAGAAAUUCAAAUAUAAUUCAAGCAUUGAUAUCCCUAUUUCAUAACUAUCAUAGUAUGAAAGGAGUUAUAAACAAUAAUAAACACCAUCUACUAAUCUAGCUAGCUAAGAAUUAGAUUAAUGA